CUCAGGUGGAGUCUGAUGUUUCCUACAGGUGAGAUGGCUCAGGUGCGGCGCUCGGCGGUGGAGGCGUUGUGGGGGAUGUGUGCUGCGGACUCCAUGUCGAUGCCGGUCCACUGGUACUACAACACGGACGACAUCAGGAGGGACUUCGGGGGCUGGAUCUCCGGCUUUCAGUCCCCCAGGAGCAGACACCCGUCCAGCAUCCUCAGCCUCUCCAACACCGCCGGCAGCGGGCGGACGGCCUGGUCCUCCGGAGCCAAGCGGCCUGACGUGGUCGGGAACGUGAUCCUGCACGACAAACUGAACCUGUGGAAGUCCUCCAACGGAACAGUCCACUACCACCAAGGUCUCCAGGCCGGAGAGAACACCCUGAACGUGCUCUGCUCUCUGAGAGUGCUGCGUUCACUGGUCUCGGGACGUUUCAGUGACGUCUCUCAGGGGGACGCUCGGGCCACCGUUCUCUCAGACUACGUCCGGUUCCUGACCACGCCCGGCUCCCACAGAGACACCUACGCCGAGUCCAACCACCGCUCCUUCUUCUCCGACUGGCAGUACAGCCGGCCGGCGUCGCCCGGGGAGAUCCUGAAGUUUGCAGAGAGUCGCUCCAGGAAGAAGAUGAGCUCCUCGUCGCCAGACAGCCAGCUGGACGUCAUCGGCUGCCUUCCCAUGAUCCUCCCCUUCGUCCUGCUGUCUGCCUCGUCCAAUGAGGAGCGAGCUGUGUCAGCAGCUGUUGAGUUCGUGAAGCUCACUCACCCUCACCCGAAGGUGCCCGAGUACGUCUCCAUCUACAGCCAGGCGCUGCACGCCGUGCUGGGCGGGGCCAGCGUCCGUCAGCAGGCGGAGCACGCUCUGAGGAGGCUGGACGCCUGGGACACCUGCCAGAGCUACAGCCGCAAGGCCGCCAGGUACCCGGUCUCGUCUGAGGAGCGUCUGAAGGUCCAUCAGAGCGCGGUGAACUACCUGGGCCUAGCAUGCUACAAUAAAGGUGCUCUGUCCAGCCUCUUCUACCUCGCUCAUGAGUUCCACGACGACCCCCAGAGAGGAAUCCUGGCGAACACCAACUGUGGAGGGGAGAACUGUAACCGAGGGGCGGCGCUGGGCGCCCUGCUGGGGGCGGGGGGGUCGUACAGCGGCGCCGUCGUCCCACAGGAGUGGAAGGACGAGCUGAGAGACGCUCAGGAGUUCCUCCCGGACGUCCUGAAGGAGCUGCAGUGAGCGCGGCGUCGCCUUCUGGUGGAGCGGAGGAGAAUCUGUCUUCCUGUUUACAAAGAUUCUUCUUCUUCUUCUGCAUCUUUAAAGGAUGCAGAGUCUUUAAUCUGAGACGACCUGAAGCUCUGCUGACCUGAUGACGAUGAUGAUUUAAAACUGAUCACUUUAUUUUGUAUUUAUCUCUGAUGUGAAAUAAAAACUUUAAA